CCCAAGCCAUAGAUUCUGUCGAACCCUUCUCCUUUCCCGAUCUUCCCAUCCUCUCUCUCUCUCUGCUCCGAUGAUGCCCUAAUCCCGUCGCCCGCUAGGGAUUUGAGAGAGGGAUUUGAGAGAGAGAGAGAGAGAGAGGAACAAUCGCCAUGUCGAAUGAGGAAGAUUUCGCGCCCAAGAAGAAGAAAUCCGUGGAAGAAGCCGAGAAGAAGAGGAGGGAAAGAGUGAUACCUGGAAGUUUGAUGAAAGCGGUACUCAGAUCUGGGGAGGGUACUGGAAAACCUGCAGAGGGAGAUCAGGUUAUAUUUCAUUGCACUACUCGAACUUUGGAUGGAGCUAUUGUCAAUUCUACAAGAGCAGAACUUGGAGGUAAAGGAAAUCCUAUCAGGCUUAUCUUGGGAAAGAGCAAGAUGAUUCUUGGUUUGUCUGAAGGCAUUCCUACAAUGUUAAAGGGUGAAAUAGCAAUGUUCAAAAUGAAACCCGAGAUACACUAUGCUGAGGAUGACUGCCCAGUCACAGCACCAGAGGGUUUCCCAAUGGAUGAUGAACUUCAUUUUGAAAUCGAGAUGUUGGAUUUCUUCAAAGCCAAGGUCAUUAGUGAGGAUUUGGGGGUUGUGAAGAAGAUAACUGAUGAAGGGCAAGGAUGGGAAUCUCCAAGAGAACCUUAUGAAGUGACUGCUAGGAUUACUGCUAAGACGGUAGAUGGAAAGGGAAUUCUGCUUCAUAAAGAAGAACCUUACUUCUUUACUUUUGGUAAAUCUGAGGUACCAAAAGGGCUUGAGAUGGGGAUUGGAACAAUGGCACGUGGAGAGAAGGCAAUAGUUUAUGUCAAUAAAAUCUAUUUAACAAAAUCUUCUUUAAUGUCAUCUCUAGAAGGUCUUGAAGAGGUUCAGUUUGAAAUUGAACUAGUUCACUUUGUUCAGGUGAGAGACAUGCUUGGUGAUGGACGGCUAAUAAAGCGACGUGUAGUUGACGGAAGAGGUGAGUUCCCUAUGGACUGUCCUCUUCAUGAUAGCUUGUUAAGGGUGCAUUACAAGGGAAUGCUGCUUAACGAAGAAAAGACUCUGUUUUACGAUACAAGAGUUAAUAAUGAUGGUGAGCCAUUGGAGUUCUGUUCUGGAGAAGGGCUAGUGCCCGAGGGACUAGAAAUGUGUGUUCGGCUAAUGCUUCCCGGAGAAGUGUCUCUUGUCACUUGCCCUCCGGAUUACGCAUAUGAUAAAUUUCCAAGCAGACCAGCUAGUGUUCCUGAAGGGGCUCAUGUCCAGUGGGAAAUUGAGCUACUUGGCUUUGAAAUGCCCAAGGACUGGACCGGCUUAACCUUUCAAGAAAUCAUGGAAGAAGCAGAAAAGAUAAAAAAUACGGGGAAUAGACUAUUCAAAGAAGGAAAGUUUGAACUUGCAAAGGCAAAGUAUGAGAAGGUGAUUCGGGAGUAUAAUCAUGUCAACCCACAAGAUGACGAAGAGGGAAAAAUAUUUUUGAAUUCAAGGAACUCCCUGCAUUUGAAUGUAGCUGCUUGUUAUCAGAAAAUGGGCGAAUACAGAAAAUCAAUCGAGACAUGCAAUAAGGUAUUAGAUGCAAACCCUCUACACGUCAAAGCUUUAUAUCGACGAGGCAUGGCUUACAUGUUAGGUGGAGAUUUUGAUGAGGCAAAGGAGGAUUUUGAAAUGAUGGUAACUGUAGACAAAUCUUCAGAGCCGGAUGCUGCUGCUGCUCUUCUUAAGCUAAAGCAAAAGCAACAGGAAGUGGAGAAGAAGGCCAGAAAGCAGUUUAAAGGGCUAUUUGACAAGAAGCCAGGGGAGAUUUCUGAAGUGGGAGCUGAUUCAGAAGAUGGGAAGAGUCUGGACGACCCCACGAGCAAAGUUGAGGCAGAAAAAAAUGAUGGCGACGGGAGCACAGGAUCUACCCCGAACGCAGGAACAGACUGCGCUUUCGAAGGUGAACGGACGGGAUUUUUGGGCAGACUCUCGCCUUCAGGUAGAAGAAUCCUCUCGGCCCUUGGUUUAAACAGGUGCUCCGUACUGUGAGUAGAUUCAAGGUGGCAGAAACUAUCAAUUUUUUUUUGGGAAAACUUCAAAAAACCCUCCGUGGUUUCACACUUUUUUAUUUUAGUAUCCUGUGGUUUAAAGUGUUUCAAGUUAGUACCAUGUGGUUUC